CCCAUCAGUGGGCUCUCCGGUGCCUCGCAUGCCGGCUACUCCAUCUCCGGGCCAUUUGGAGCCAUCUACUGGCCCGGUCUGGAGGCAUUCAACCCGUUCUCCGCACAUUCUGCCUCGGUUCCGUUUGCCCCUAGCUUCUACCCGCCCAGCCUAGGCCCCGCACUCUACCCGUUGGUGCCAUCUGAACACGGGCAUCCCUGGAGGACGACAGCAGCGCCUGCUAGUGAAGUUGGACACCAACAUGCGUGCGCAACGAAAGACGAAUUAGCAGAGUCCCGAUUGGCGCCGGAUAAAGGAGGCGAGGGUGGGACGAUAGAGCGUGAGGACCGAAAACCGAUUGACGGCGACCUCUUGGAAGGAGCCAACACCAGGAUGUUGAGGAGAUCUGGUAGUAACGAAGGGAAACUGACAAACGCCCAAAGUGUCGGCUUAGCCCGCAAUGAUCCAAAUUGCAAGACACCAAUGAGUGCAGCCAAUUGUUGCAACAGCAUUGGCAGCAGCCAAAUGGCCGGAACCUGUCGGCAACCGGUGCAAACUUGGCUUGCUGGUCACACGGACCACAAGGCAGGAGAACAGGCCACUGCCGUCCGUCCCCUCGGACAGAGCCCUGACUACCAGUUGGCUGGUGCUGCGAGUGGCCUGCCUCUGCUGGCCGCUCCUCCUGCCGGCUACUUCUACCCCCAUUUGUACACGAGCCAGCUGCCAUCAUCGCUUCCCCCAUCGGCCCCACUAACGGCACCGGCAGCCACUGCGCUCGGUGCCUACCUCUACCAGCCGCACGCGCUGGUUGCAGCCGCCGCGGCUGCAGCUGCAGCCUCCGCCGCAGCGGCUGGCCCCUUUCGAUACCACCACCAACCGCAUUUACUGUUGACAGGGUCUGCUGAGAUGCCAACGCUGGCUCCGUCAACUACAUGCCCGAGUCACCUGUCCGAUAUCCCGCCCGGUGGGCUGGCUCUGUCUCCUGUCUUUCAUCCUUCGCCCUACUAUGCGGCCACAGCGGCGACCAGUCCUCCAGUCGGCGCGUUCCUAUCAGCCUCGCUGCCGGCCCCAGCAUUCCCUGCACCCACUCCGGCUACUACAGGAUUCUACGCCGCCAGCCAAUUGGCGCAGCUUGACAGGUCCCAACAGCUUCCACUAGCCACGGCUGCCGGCGCUCAUUGGGCUCGUUUUCUGCCGCAGUACCCACCACACCCGCUUUCGCCACCUCCUCUUCCGCCCCCAUUGACAUCCAACACGUCUGCACACAAGCUUGGUGGGUUUCUUUUUAUUGUAACACUUUAA